AUGGAGGAGGAGGAGGAGGAGGAGGAGGAGGAGGAGGCGAGGGUGCGGUAAAUGCGUGCAAGUCUACACUGACUAUAAACUAAUUCACGCACAAGUCACCGUGCCUGCUGCACCUUGCUGUGGAGCACACGAUGAACAUCUGCGGGCACGACGGUCGAACUGUCGUGUGUCCGUAUUGAUUUUCCAUUACAAAACGCUCGUCGCUGCGUAAAAGCCCACGACGGCGACGGCGGCCGUGAAUCACGGAUAUACUGAGCAAAUUGUGGCGGUCUACUCGGUGUGGCGAUUGCGACCGAACGCAGUUGAGUGCUUUCACCGGUCAUGACUGCACUUUUGGUUUAUCCUCGACGCGACGGCGAUCGAUAUUUUGCUCCUCAAGGAUUGACCACAGCGUGACUCAGGCGCACACUCCGAUCGCGCUCGGAGAAUACAACGCCAAAGGCCGGCUUUAUGCCUUUGGCGUCACCGUCUUCUUAGUUGCUAGUACACCCGCGGCCACAGUAAAGAUCGUCUUUAUGGCAUUAUAUUCAGGAAACUCCCUGGGUGGUAAACAGACAUGUGCAUUCCCGCCGAACUAUGCGCAGUGCCACCUGUAACGAGGGAAUGGUGGUAAUAGGGGCCUUCCAGGAGAGGAAACAGGGUGUUCUUAAGUAAAUAAAGAUGUACAAAAAUCGUAUAUUCGUCGCAUGCUUGUUUUACUGCAUAAACUUGCACUUUUUUGAAAGUUAAUUCUGGCGGGAAGGUACAUAUAUAACUUCCUGUUAUCGACCCAUCACAUCUCGACGAAACACAAUAUCCAUAUACCGUCUUUCAGUGGGGCCAAAUUAUUAUACACGUCUCACGCGACUGAAGCCGACAGAUUGUCGACACACG